AUGAAAGCAACACGCAACUUUGUUUUUUUCGUCGUUCUUGCUAUUAUCUCGGCGGCAGAAUCAUCAAAUCUCUUGAAAUUCAAAGCCCGUCAGGAAGAUGCUAACAUAAAUAAGUUAAUGGCAUUACUCGAUCAACCGACCAUUCUUGAACGGGACCAACCGAUCGAAUUUUUUUGGAAAUGGGGAAUGGACCCCAACAAACGGCUCAUUCGUUUCUCUUGGGAAGAUUGCGGCAAUUCAUCUUCGAAAGUGAAAAUGAAUGAUGUCCAUGUGACACCGGAUCCAAUCGUUCUGCCAGGAACCGUCAAUAUUGCCUUCAAUCUGAGCAUCAGCGAUGAUUUCCCUGAUAGCAUUACGGGUGAUGUCGUGAUGAAAAAGAAAAUCGGACCCAUUUACGUUAAAAUCCCUUGUGUAGACAAUGUAGGAUCUUGUCAUUAUGAUGAUCUAUGCAAUUUAUUAUCCCAAAUAACCGCUUGUCCAGAUCCAUUUAUUAAACAUAACAUUCCUUGCAAGUGUCCAUUUAAAAAGGGAACUUAUUUUUUACCACCCAGUGAAUUCCAUAUGACAUCUUUCUCGGUCCCUGGAGGAGAUUAUUCCAUCAAACUGACAUUAAAUAUAUCUAAUUUUGUUCAUAUCUAUCUCAUUCUUUUCUUUCUAUCUAUCUAUCUAUCUAUCUAUCUAUCUAUCUAUCUAUCUAUCUAUCUGUUUGUCUUUCUGUCUCAUUCUUAUCAUGAUCUAUCUAUCUAUCUAUCUAUCUAUCUAUCUAUCUAUCUAUCUAUCUGA